UCUAACUAGGGUUUCAAAGUAGUUUCUGGUAUUUUUGUCUAAAGUUUUAUCAGUGCAUUUCUUGAUCAUGAAGAUAUGAUUAGGGUUCUUUCCUAAAAUAGAAAAAAACUGGUAAAGCUUUUUUGUUUGGAGGAAACCCUAAAAUUGUGUGCUCACGGCUGGUCGGAUUACUUGUUUGAAGCCUUCCUAUCAAAGAAUUUACUCAUAUUUUCAGAUGAUUGCAACACAUAAAGGCUACUAUACCACACCGACGGAGAUCAAAGAGAGAUUCACAUAAUUAAGCAUGGAGAGAAGCGAAGAAACCAAGUGUUCGAAGACAAGUUUGGAUUCGUACCUUGAUGAGGACGGGGAGGAGGAAAGCGAGUCGAAAGAAGUUGUGGAGUUGAAGGAUGGAGGGAGUUGUAGCAAUAGCACGGUGGAGGAGAGUGAUAAGAAGCCACCGAUUCGACCAUAUGUCCGAUCUAAGAUGCCUAGACUCCGGUGGACAGAUGAUCUGCAUCUUCGCUUUGUUCAGGCAGUUGAGAGGCUUGGUGGACAAGAAAGAGCGACUCCAAAACUGGUACUUCAGCUGAUGAACAUCAAAGGACUUCACAUCGCUCAUGUCAAAAGUCAUUUACAGAUGUAUAGAAGUAAGAAGAUCGACGACCCAAGCCAAGUUGCUGAUCCAAGGACCGAAGAUGGAGAUCGUAAUAUUUACAACCUGAGUCAAUUACCAAUGCUUCAUUGCUAUAACCAAACGUAUGAUUCAGCCGUGAGAUAUGAAGAUGCACCACUGUACCGUCGUGAUUGGAUGCAUAUCGCCUUGAGGGACCAUGGCUCAUUUGAAAAGACAAAACCAAGAUUUUAUAACAUGGCCGCCGAUAGAAUUUUGGCGAUAAACCAUGUGGGACAAGCAAACCGUGGUCUCCAAACUAAUCAUCUGCCAAUUUCAUGGCGGAUCCAGAAAGUUAAUGAUGAUUAUUUUGGAUCAAGAAUGUGUGAGAAGAUGAAGAUGUUGCAAGACCAAUACUCAAAGCUGCCAAACAGCACCUUAAAGCUCAAUCGCUUCAAGGUUCAAGAACAUCAAAGUAAUCCCCUAGAUUUGGGAUAUACAAGCCCUGAGAAGCAUGAAGAAACAAAGAGGAAGGCAUCUGAUCUGAAUCUGAAUCUUGAUUUGAAUCUGUCUCUUGGGAUUCAUUCAAGAAACACCGAGAGCCUGGAGGGUUCGGAAGGAGAAGACGACGAAGGUGAAGAAGGUAAUUUGUCAUUGUCAUUGUACUCACCCUCUUUCUCAAGAAACAGAAAAAGGUUAAUAAGAGAAGAUGAUCAUAGCAAUGAUCAGAAAGCAAAAAGGGCAAGUACUCUGGAUCUGACUAUAUGAAUGAGACAAAUUCUAAGUGAGAUCUUGAGGUACUUGUUCUAGAUUAUGCAUUUGUGAUUUUCCUGUUCCAUCGUCUUUUU